CAUCAUGCCGGUUUGAUGGGUGGAUGUGGGAAACAGUGGGUGCUGCUUGAUUCUCACUUCUCCUUCUCUCCUUGCCCCCAAGUGGUGCUUAUCGGGGACUCAGGUGUGGGCAAGAGUAACCUGCUGUCACGCUUCACCAGAAACGAGUUCAACCUAGAGAGCAAGAGCACCAUUGGUGUGGAGUUCGCCACUCGCAGCAUUCAGGUGGAUGGAAAGACUAUCAAGGCUCAGAUCUGGGAUACUGCCGGCCAGGAGCGCUACCGUGCCAUUACCUCUGCGUACUACCGUGGUGCAGUGGGUGCACUGCUGGUGUAUGACAUUGCCAAGCACUUGACAUAUGAGAAUGUGGAGCGUUGGCUGAAGGAGCUGCGGGAUCAUGCAGACAGCAACAUCAUCAUCAUGCUGGUGGGCAACAAAAGUGACCUGCGCCACCUGCGGGCUGUGCCCACUGAUGAGGCCCGUGCCUUUGCAGAAAAGAACAACUUGUCCUUCAUUGAGACCUCAGCCUUGGAUUCCACUAAUGUAGAAGAAGCAUUUAAGAACAUCCUCACAGAAAUCUACCGCAUUGUGUCACAGAAGCAAAUUGCUGACCGUGCGGCCCACGAUGAGUCCCCUGGCAACAAUGUGGUGGACAUCAGUGUGCCACCUACCACCGAUGGACAGAAACCCAAUAAGCUGCAGUGCUGCCAGAACCUGUGACCUGCGCCUCCACCCAGCGUGCGUGCACGUCCUCGGUCCUUGGCCAGCCCUUCCAGUGUCCUCCCGGCCCCUCCCUUGUCCCUUUAGGACAGGCUGCUCCCACCAUCCAAGUGAGCUCCUCCUACCAGCCCACUGGCCCAAGAGGAGCAGGAGUCAAGUGGCCUCUCCUGUCCUGCCUGCUCGAGAGAAGCUAGAAGCCCCUUGCUUAUGUACCUGCUCUUGGGUAUCAUGGGCAUCUUGACAGGGUGGGGAGGUUGGUAGGAUGGACAGGGCCAGCCAGAGGUGAGGAAGAUGAGUGGAAGGACCCAGCUUCUCCUGUUUUUCGUGGUGGACUCCAGGGAGCAAUCACCUUCUUCCCUCUCUGGCCAUUUGACCCAGCUGGCCCUGCAUCCCCACACCAAACCCUCUGAGCUGAUACCCGAAGAGCCAGGCAUUAGGGGCUGGGCAGGUGGACACUCCUGCCUACACCACCAUAGCCAGCGCCAGCAUGGCUGCCAGCAUUCCCAGGCCUGUGCACUCCUGCUCUUGCCUGUAGAUUUAUGCUGGGAGAACACACACACACACACACACACACUCUCUCACACACACACACUCUC